GAGAGUAAGGAGUAGGAGUAGACGAGGGUAGUAGGAUUGAGGAGUAUGCAGAAGUCGUGCCCAGGACUCAGAAGAGUAGGUCAGAGAAGAAGGAAGAUCAAGCAGGGCUAGAACAGAGAAGAGAUUUUGAAGAGUGAAAUUAAGAGACAGUGAAAUUGAAUUGGGCUAGCAGACUGAGAAGACAGUUGGUGAGGGUUGAGCCAGGAGAAACAGAGUUGAGCCGGACAAGCUACUGUUAGGAGACAGAUACUUUGCCACUGUACUUCUGAUCCUGUCUCCUUGAAGAGAACCUUCCCUUGCAAAGCCUCUCCCCCAGCACGGGCCCAUUCCUCACCUCUGGAGCACAACUUGAACUCCAGUUUUAAUCAACCAUGGCCAGUUUGCUGAGCCCCUCACUGGCCUUGUUGGCUGCUCUGGCCCUGGCUGUGAUCCCUGCAGCCAAGCAGGUGGCACUAGGUGGAGUGGAGCCAGCUGACCCUAAGGAUAAGGAGGUGCAGAAAGUGGUAAACUUUGCUGUUAAAACCUACAAUGAUAUGAACAAUGACCUGAACCUUAGCAGGUCAAUACGAGUGAUGAGUGCCAGCCAGCAGGUUGUGGCUGGGAAGAACUUCUACUUGAAAAUUGAGCUAGGCAGAACCACAUGUACCAAAGCUCAGUCUGAUUUGUCAGACUGUCCCUUCAUUGAACAGGCAGAUCAGCAAAAGAGGGUCAUCUGUAAUUUCCAGAUCUACGUUGUACCUUGGCUGAAAAAGAUGUCCAUGACAAACUUCAACUGUUACAAUGCCUAAGAAUCUAUGUCAGGCUACGCUUCUGCUGAUUGUCCCUUACUCUUACUCAAUCUUCUACUUAAGACCGAGAUCUUAGCCCCGGAGGAUGUCUCUUGAGAGUGCUAGCAACAGGAGAAAGAUAGAGACAAGCUCUGCACACCUAAGUGGCAGUUCCCUUGUUCCCUUGUUCUACUUGCUGUUCAUAUACCACUGUGGAGCCUACUGUUUAUUCUUUGCUCAAUAAAAAAUAGCAUUAGGUC